AUGGACAGAGAAAAACGUACACUCGAAGACACACCCACAUGGGCUGUUUCCAUCUUUUGUUUUGCUUUCUUCUUCAUCUCUUUUAUCAUUGAUGUUGCUCUUCACCAUCUGACUCAGUUUCUCAAAAGAAGAAGCAGCAAAUCGCUCAACAAUGCUUUGAGAAAGAUCAAAACAGAAAUGAUGAUACUGGGUUUCAUAUCAUUGCUUCUUACCAUAGCAGAAGAAGUUCCCGUAUCGAAAAUCUGUGUUGCCAAAGCCGUAGCAAAUUCUUUCCUUCCUUGCAAGGAUCCUCAGCAAUCAUCCAUAGAACCUAAUGUUUCAUCUGCAGCACAGAUCUCAGACUUCAAUUCGAACACAAACCUUAGUGGAAUCACCAAUGAUCCCUUCUGGUAUGGUUUCUCUGGUGUCAAGGAAAGCAAUUUUGCAGCUAAACAUCUUCAUCUCAGUCCUGGCAGUAUUCCAUGUUCUGUUCUGCAUAUUGACAAUGUGUCUGGGGAUGACUAA